UAUUUGAAUCAUCACCUCAAUACCCUACAAUAUCCAGUACUUCAGUUCAAAUGUCCAGAACCGAAAAGGAAGAGAGAACUACAGAGGAAAAAUCUACAUUUUCGGAAUCUCUACCGCAAUCAAGCACAUCUGUUUCAAAGUCUUUUCCUCAAUUGAGUACAAUACCCAGUAUUUUUUUUCAAACAUCGAGUAUAGAAAAAUACGAAACUAUUCCAGAGUCUACAUUUUCGGAAUUUCUACCCCUGACAAGUACAAUAUUAUUGGAAUCUUUACGUCAGUCACCUACAAUAACCAGUAGUUCAGUUAUAUUUACCAGUACAGAAAAGGAAGAAAGAACAAAGGAGGAAAAAUCUAUAUUAUCAAAAUCUAUUCCCCAAUCAAGCACAAGUGUGUUAAAAGAUCUACCUCAAUUAAGUACAAUACUCAGUAGUAAUUUUCAAACAUCGAGUACAGAAAAGAACGAAACAUCUCCAGAGGAAAAGUCUACAUUUUCGGAAUCUCUACCGCAGUUAAGUUCAAGGUUUUCAAAGUCUUCCUCUCAAUUGAGCACAAUAUCAUCCAGAUCUUUUCGAAUUUCAAGUACAGAAAAAAAAGAAGCAACUUCAGAGGAAAUAUGUACUGAAUGUUUACCGCAAUCAAGUACAUUUCAACUGGAAACAACUACAGAGGAAACAUGUUCGGAAUGUUUACCACAAUCAAGUACAAUUUUAACAAAGACUCUUCCUGAAUCGGGUACAGUAUCUAGUAGUUCAUUCAAAAAAACUUCAGAGGAAAAGUCGAGUACAGAAAAAUAUCAAAUACCUCAGCAGGUAAAAACCAAAUCGUCGACUUCUGUACCACAAUCAAGUGAUACAGUUUUUGAAUUUGCACCUCAAUCGCCUAAAAUAUCUACUAGAUCUUAUCGAAUUUUAAGUACAGAAAAAAGCCAAGCAACUUCAGAGGAAACUUGUUCCGAAUGUUUACCGCAAUCAAGUACAUAUCAACUUGAAACCAGUUCAGGGCAAAUAUGUUCGGAAUGCUUACCACAAUCAAGUACGAAUUUAACAAAGUCUCUUCCUGAAUCGAGUACAAUAUCUAGUAGUUCAUUCAAAACAACUUCAGAGGAAAAGUCGAGUACAGAAAAAUAUCAAAGACCUCAGCAGGUAAAAACGAAAUUGUCUAAUUCUCUACCACAAUCAAGUAAUACAGUUUUUGAAUUUGCACCUCAAUCGCCUAAAAUAUCCAUUAUAACUUUUCCAAUAUCGAGUACAGAAAAAACCCAAGCAACUUCAGAGGAAAAUUGUUCCGAAUGUUUGCCGCAAUCAAGUACUUUUCAACUGGAAACAACUACAGAGGAAACAUGUUCGGAAUGUUUACCGCAAUCAAGUACGAACUUAACAAAGUCUCUUCCUCAAUCGAAUACAAUAUCCAGUAGCUUGGGUACAAUAUCUGGGAGUUCAUUUCGAAUUUCGAUUUCAGGAAAAUACGAAAAAAAUUCAGAGAAAAGAACUAAAUUGUCGGAAUCUUUAACUCAAUCAAGUACAAAGCUAACAAAAGAUAGAUCUCAAUCAAGUGAAAUUUCAGAUAUCUCUUUUGUACUUUCAAGUACGGUUAAAGAUCAAAAUACUCAAGAGGAAAUAAGCAAGCUAUCGGAAUUUGUACCUCAAUCGAGUAGAGAAAUAUCGAAAAUGACAUCAUAUGAAAAGGGAGAGCCAUCCAACCCUGUUACAUUUACGAGUCAAGAAAAAGUCGACUACAAUAACACCAGAAGUAGGUGUGUUUUCAGGCUUACUUAGCAUGCUUUCGAUUUCCAGUGUACCAACGAGUCAACGAACUCCAAAAGCCAUAGGAAAUGUAUCGAUAUCUCUACCUCAAUCAACUACUCCAUUAAUGUUGGAAAAUUCACCUUCAGAAGAUGUAUUCACUUCGAGCGUUAUUGACAAAAGUGCCAAUUUAUCUGAACUGGAAACAAUGGACACAGGAAUGUUGACCAAGCCGGUUUUUUCAACCGAAAAACGUUUAAAAACUACACCAAAAAGCGUUAAACAUUCAGGAAAGAAAAGUAGAAACCCAAGAGCAAUUAAAACAACUGAGAAACACUCAAAACAGUCGAAUAUUUUCACCCUUCCCAUUAGUCCCACCACAAAUGUCAAUUUAUCCGAACAAUCGAAAACAGUGAAAAUUAAAACAACCGUUUAUUCAACCAAUAAAGUUUCAGGUAAUGUAUUACAAAGUGUCAGUUAUUCAGAAAAAAGGUCCCAAGCCCCAACAACAUAUAAAACAGCGAAAUCUGAUCAAUCUCAAACUGCAGAGCCGCCAAUACAUACUCUCGGUUUUUCAUCUAAUUUAAUUGACAUCUCGUCGAAAAGUAAAUACACAGUUUCUAGUGUAUCCAGUCAUAAAGAAGUCAUUGUACAAAGUGAAAAAACAAUAUCCAUGAGUGGAAUAACAACAGGUUUAUUUCAAUCUAACACUAGUAAGCCAACAAUCUCGAGAUUGUUAAGCACCGAACAGCCUUCAAGUGAACUUUCAUCCAGUACUGAAACUACAGAUGUACCGCUUUGCUUGUGUACAUGCGUUAUUGAUCCUGAUGAGGAUAUCUGUUCUUGUGUCUGUACAAUUACGAAGCCCGCAGAUAUUACGACGACCGCUAGAAAGCAUAUUUCAUGGGAUGGUCCUUCUACCAAGCCAUCUACCACAACCAUCGGAUUACUUCCUGCACCACAAAAAAAUAAAACCGAACCCCUUACAAAAAAGGAAAUUAAGAGCACCAAGCUUGUUUUUACUAAACCAAGCACAACAAAGAAUGCUUUGCUGCAUUCUAAUAGUGAUAGAUCAAAAAGACUUACUCAGCCGAAAUCAAAAAUUGAUAACCAUCUGAAUUUGACAACUUCUGGUUUGAUUCGAACAAAGAGUUCACAGCCAGUUGAUGUGGCAGUACUUGAUGAUUUUGAAAAAAGACUUAAUAAACUAAAAAAUAAGUAUUCGAUUGGAAAAAACAGUUCUACAAAUAAUGCCGAAUUUGUAGAAAAUAUCAAGAAGCUAAAUUUGACCUCAAAUAUGACAGUUGAACAGAGCAGUAAUAUUAAAGCCAAACUUUACUCAAACUUUACUUAUUUCGACAAAACACGAAUCGAGCUGGAAAGCUUAAUGUUGUUCAAGCUUAACAAAGUUUGGAAAAAUAUGAACGAAUCGAAUGCGUCGCCAGCGUGUGUUGAAUAUUAUAAAGGUAUGGCCAAGGAUCUAAUAUCAGGCUUGGCCAAGUCAAAUGCUGAAAAAUGGAACAUAAUAAAGAAAAAUCAUCUGACAUGCCAUGUAUCUCAGAAUAUUUCAAUUCAUGAACCAUCAUUUCAAGCGACCGAUGAAACUACGGAUCAAGAGAUGGAAACGCAGACAGAAAAACUGGAAGGAUUGGCAUUACAUUAUUGUAAUAAAGACAUAUACGAUUUAAUAGUUGGUAAAAACUCAUCUUUAAAUUUAAGCUAUCUGAUUCCCUUUUCAUCUGGAGAUCCCUGUACUAUAAUACUCAAGAACCUUUUACAAAUUCAUCAACAUAACAAAACCAAUCAUAGUCCCGAGUAUGAGGAAAUUAUUUCUAAGAUCAACGUGGCAAUCAUACAGAACCGGGGCAGCGAUAAGAAGGCGCUAUUGUUAAGGGAGUACUUGGAGUAUGAGAAAUUACGUAAAUACCUCGAUCAUAUUUUGGGGGGCAAGAUUGACGAAAGCGAUAUGCGACUUGCCGUUGUUAAAAGCAGAAAGUGUUGGAAUUACUACACGAAACUUAAAAAGAUGUUUCUCAAAGCAAUGCAGUCCUCGAAUGCUAGAAAAGAACACCUAAUUGGAAAUAUAUCGAUGGUGUGCAGUGAACACGGCGUGUGAACAGAUAUC